AUGUCAUCACUGGCCAAACUGUUGAAACAGAGGAAUAAUUUAUUCAAAUCGGCAAUAUCAAAUGUACAGAAUAAUUAUUUGAAUGAACAGUGUAUCAUAGUUGAUGAAAAUGAUAAUCCUUUGCGUUCUGGAUCUAAGCAGCUCUGUCACUCAGCCAAAACAUUAGCCCUACAUCGUGCGUUUAGCGUUUUUUUGUUUACGAAAAACAAUGAAAUGAUCCUGCAGAAACGAGCUGCUCAGAAACUGACAUUUCCAUCUGUGUGGACAAAUGCGUGCUGUAGUCAUCCUUUGUGGAAUGAACAUGAAAUGUGCACUAACGAGAAUAUUGGAAUUCGACGAGCUGCUAGAAGAAAAUUAAAUCAUGAAUUAGGCAUUCAGCUUGUUGACAUUGAUCAAAUGAAGAUCAUGGGCCGAUUCAUGUACAAAGCAAUGCAUGACGAUAAUUGGGGUGAACAUGAACUUGAUUAUGUUAUUGUUUUGCGUGAUUGUGACUUUAAACAGAUUAAACCAAAUCCGGAAGAAGUUGAAGCAGUAGCUCUUGUUACAUCAAUGGAGGAGUUGACUGAAAUCCUGAAAAGUAAUGAAGCUUCAUUCUCUCCUUGGUUUAAUUUAUUCGUUCGAAAGAAUUUUUUGCGAAAAUGGUGGCAUAAUUUGGAUUGUUUGGAUGAAUUAAGGGAUUCUCAAACAAUAUAUCAACUAAAUUAA